ACCUACCUAUGUACACCCAUACACAGCAACUGAGAUUUUUCACUGUUGUUGCUGCAACUACUGAAUCUGCAAUGGGUAGGUCCCCAGGGCCAAGGAGGGGGAGUGUCCUGCUUUUGCCUCUGUUUCUCCUCUGCUUCUUCUCAGGGGCGACGAGGCGCGCGGAGUCGGCCCGGGAGUUCACGCUCAUCAACCAGUGCAAGACGGAGGUGUGGCCGGCGGUGACGCCCGGGCAGAGCUUCGGGGGCGGCGGGUACGCGCUCGGCCCGGGCGAGUCGGUGGUCUUCACCGCCCCCGUGGGGUGGUCCGGCCGCGUCUGGGGACGCACCGGCUGCGCCUUCGACUCGGCCGGCAACGGCACGUGCGAGACGGGCGGGUGCGGGACGUCGCUGCAGUGCGCGUCGGCGUCGGGGACCGCUCCGGCGACGCUGGCGGAGUUCACGCUGGCGUCGACUGACUACUACGACGUGAGCCUGGUUGACGGCUUCAACCUGCCGGUGGUGGUGACCCCGACCCCGGCGAGCGCCAACUGGACGGGCUGCGCGCCGGCGGGGUGCGACGGCGACCUGCGCCGGGGCUGCCCGUCGGAGCUGGCCGUGAAGGGCGACGGGGGGAAGGUGGUGGCGUGCCGGAGCGCGUGCGACGUGUUUGGGACCGACCAGUACUGCUGCCGCGGGCAGUACGCCAACCCGGUGGCCUGCCAGCCGACCUUCUACUCCAAGAAGUUCAAGGCGGCGUGCCCCGCCGCCUACAGCUACGCGUACGACGACCCCUCCUCCAUCUUCACCUGCGCCCAGUCGCCCGACUACACCAUCACCUUCUGCUCCACCAACAUGAAGCAAUCGGUGUGCUCGUACCGCAACAGCCGGCUCGUCUGCAGCGGCUACGGCAGGAGCAUCUCCUCUCCACUAAUGCUUGUGAUGCUGCUGCUACUCUCCAGCUUCCUGGCAUUGCAAUUCGCAUCCCCAGUGUGACUGAUCAGUUGAUUAAGACUUAAUCAUCCAAGAGCAAGCUCACCUUGACCCUCUUCCUGAUAUAGUUCUUUUUGGAUCCCCAGUGUGACUGAUCAGUUGAUUAAGACUCCCCCCCCCCCCCCCCCUACUAUGAGAAACAUAGAGUGUAGGUGAAGGUGAUUCAUGGAUCAAAUUUCUGCACUGUCAGACACUCAGUACAAUUUGAAUGAGAGUUAUAAAGAGAUAGCAGAAGUUAAAU